AUGACUACUGCAGAAGAAUUUAAAGCUGAAGGUAAUAAAUAUUUUAUUGAAAAGAAUUUUGAAAAAGCUAUUGAAUCGUUUACUAAUGCUAUAAAUGCUUCAACUGAGCCUAAUUAUGUUUUAUAUUCAAAUAGAUCUGGUGCUUAUGCUUCUUUGAAAAAUUUUAAACAAGCUUAUGAUGACGCAAAAGAAUGUGUUAAUUUGAAUCCUAAUUGGCCAAAGGGAUAUAAUAGACUUGCUGGUGCUGAAUUUGGUUUAGGUAAUUUAGAAAAUGCAAAACAAACUUAUGAAAAAUGUUUAUCAUUAGAUUCAAAUAACCAACAAGCUAAAGAUGGUUUAAAAUCAGUUGAAAAUGCUUUAAAAGCUAGAAAUACUCAAAAUGAUUUAGGUUUAGGAGCAAUGUUUCAAGAUCCAAAUUUAAUUUCUAAUUUAAGAAAUAAUCCUAAAACAGCUGAAUUGAUGAAAGAUCCUGAAUUAGUUGGUAAAAUUUUGAAUAUUCAACAAAAUCCAAAAGCUAAUGCAACUCAACUUUUAACUGAUCCAAGAUUAAUGACUAUAAUGGCAACUUUAAUGGGUAUUGAUAUGGAUUUUCCUGAAGAAAACAAGAACAACACUGAACCUAAGCAAGAAGCCGAACAAGAGGUUAAAGAAGAAAUUAAGGAAGAUCCUAAAGAAGAAAUUAAGGAAGAUUCUAAAGAAGAAAUUAAAGAUGAAAUUGAUAAUGAAGAUGUUGAAAUGACGGAUGCUUCUUCUAAAGAUACAGCUGAUGCAUUUAAAGCUAAGGGUAACACUUUGUAUAAACAAAGAAAAUUUGAUGAAGCAAUUGAACAAUAUGACAAAGCUUGGAACACAUUUAAAGAUAUUACUUAUUUGAAUAAUAAAGCUGCUGCUGAGUAUGAAAAAGGUGAUUACGAUGCAGCUAUUAAAACUUGUGAAUUAGCGGUUGAUGAAGGUAGAGAUAUGAGGGCAGAUUACAAAUUAAUUGCAAAAUCAUUUGCGAGAUUGGGUAAUGUUUAUCUCAAAAAACAAGAUUUAGAAUCAGCAGCUAAAUAUUUUGAUAAAUCAUUGACUGAACAUAGAACACCAGAUGUUUUGAAUAAAUUAAGAAGUACUCAACGUGAAAUUAAAAUCAAAGAAGCUAAUGCGUAUAUUGAUCCUGAACAAGCUGAAGAAGCUAGAUUGCAAGGUAAAGAUUUUUUUACAAAAGGUGACUGGCCUAAUGCAGUUAGAGCCUAUGGUGAAAUGAUCAAAAGAGCUCCAGAAGAUGCCAGAGGAUAUUCAAAUAGAGCUGCUGCCUUAGCUAAAUUAUUAUCUUUUCCAGAUGCCGUACAAGAUUGUAAUAAAGCAAUUGAAUUAGAUCCACAAUUUAUUAGAGCCUAUAUUAGAAAAGCAAAUUGUCAAUUAGCAAUGAAGGAGUAUUCUCAUUGUAUGGAAACUUUGUCUGACGCAAGAAAAGUGGAUGUUCAAUACAAUCAAAGUAAAUCAAUUAAAGAAAUUGAUGAUUUAUUAAAUAAGGCAACUUAUCAAAGAUUUCAAGCUUUGGAAGGUGAAACUCCAGAGCAAACUAUGGAAAGAGUUUCAAAAGAUCCUGAAAUUGUAUCAAUUUUACAAGAUCCUGUAAUGCAAGGUAUAUUGUCUCAAGCAAGAGAGAACCCAGCAGCAUUGCAAGAUCAUAUGAAAAACCCAGAUGUUGCUAAGAAAGUUAACAUGUUAGUUGCUGCGGGUGUAAUUCGUACUAGAUGA